GUGUGACGUCUCAUGAUGUAUUUGCUUCCAGUGGCGCGCCUGGAAACAUUAAAUUGGUAGAUUUGUGAAUUGGGUUUGGUUGCACCACUUUGUUCGUGUAUCCUAGAAUGGGAUAAUAUUUGGUAACUUGGCGGUUCCCUCACCAACUUACAUAAAUACUGGGAUGACCUGACGACAGCAACAUCUGGCUUCUUCGACCUGUCCCUCCAUCAUCUCAGCUCUGUCGGAUAGGACGACUCUCCCACAUCAUACCAUCUGCUGAGUCUGCUGAAUCCUCCUCCCUCAGAGGCCUCAGACGACCCUGGAUUGAGCUGUAGCAGCCCCACAGAGAGCAUCCGUCAGCGCCCUUCAUAAAACAGAGACCAUGUAUUGCUUACAGUGGCUACUUCCUGUGCUGCUCAUCCCCAAGCCGCUGAACCCGGCGCUGUGGUUCAACCACUCCAUGUUCAUGGGCUUCUACCUGCUCAGCUUCCUGCUGGAGAGGAAGCCCUGCACCAUCUGUGCCUUGGUCUUCCUGGCUGCCCUCUUCCUUAUCUGCUAUAGUUGCUGGGGCAACUGCUUUCUCUACCACUGCCAGGAUGCCGCACUGCCGGACGCUGCCCACGACCCAGCAAUUGUCGGGACCUAGGAGAGAAAAGGGGGGAGAGAUAUCAGAAGGGGGGGAGGGGGGUGUGAAGGGUGACGAGGCAUUGCUGGAGAAUGAUACUGCCAUGCUGUAAGACAGGACGGACGAUACUUUGGGGGUUGGAGACUAGUGAAGAGGCGGUGCUGAAGGACUGCUGGAGGAAAAUACUGCAGAAAGAGAGAGCACUCAGCCAAAGGUGGUACUGAGGAGGAGAAGAGCCAAUACCGGAGGAUUAUGAGGGGCUAUUUUCAUGCUGUAAAGACAGAUUCGAAUUUCAGGUUGUAGGAGGAGAGGAGGGGGGGAAGUGAUGCCGCCGGAGACAUUAUGUGUACUUUUAUUUAACAGGAAGAAUGGGAGGGACGUCCAAACUUUAAAUGCUGAGGGAAGGGACGUGUGUGAACUUGGUGUUCAGGAAAGAAUUUCAGUUUCAGCAACUUUCAUUCCAGCAUUUGAAUGAAAACUAGAACAAUAUAAACCCCACGUGUGACCACCGUGUUUCAGUAUUCUGGUUCCUUUCCAACCCCCUGAUGUGUUUGCUACCAACAUCACUAAAAAGAAACGUCACUUUCCCCCAAAAACCUGUUUGUUCAUUUUUAGGGCUGGGUUAAAGAAAAAAAAAAAGAUUUUUCUAUCUUUAAUCGUUUCAGAAAAUCCCAAAUCAAUCUUUCACUGAAUGCCUUUUCCUGUCGAUGCAUGUCAGGGUCUGAAAUUAACACUCACGAAGCACCAAAAGCAAAGUAAAUCUUUCCAGGCUUUCGUCACACUCACGGAUAGAUUUUUAAAUCAAAAAUAUCGUUGUGAUCAAAAACUAUGUUUAUAAUGCGUUUGGUGUAAUUUUCAGGCGCUCUGCUUCAGUCCUCUGCUGUCUGCAAAUGUCUUAAACACAGUCAUCAAUACUUGAAUGGCCACAAAGAUUGAUUUAAAACAGGAAAACGUAUUUAAUUCUCCAGCCAACAUCUGUCACUACCAUCUUGUUCCUUCACUACAGUAUUUUUAACAAUUAGAUGCUAAAAUUGCAACAGUUCUCCAUUAAUUCACGUCUUAAAUUAUCCUAGAAUCUCUUUCAUAUACAAGGCAAAUUGGAAACGUAGCUGAAUUCACCCUGAACUAAACGGAAUCGAAUUGGGACCUUGUGGAUCGAUUCAGGAACUCGGCGGCGACACCCAGCUCUGCUGAUUUUAUUUUAUCCGAUAAUGAAAAUGUUCCAAACCUCAAACUGCCAAACUCGAGUUGGACCUUUCAAAUUUCCCUCGCGGCCACGCUCGCCUCUCAGCGCUGCACCGUUUCAGUUUUUUGACAACCAGUAAGUGUUAAAGUAUAUUUGCCAUCUGGACCUGUUUGCCCUCUCACAGUCCACCCCGACCAAACUCUCUGUCGCCACUCUGGCUCAGCACACGUAACGCUAUCCUGAAGGAGAGCACACUGACACUGGACAAUCAAUAACUAUGCUGUGAAUAAUUCCUCUUCUGCCGCAUAGCCACACAAAACGCACCUGAAGAAGGUGUUAUAAUGCUGAGAAACCGUCUGGUUGUUAUUACCCACUGUGCUCUGCAGCUGCUCCUCGUCUUCCUCGUCUCCUCUCCCUCCUCUCGCCUCAGAGUGAAUGUUCCCUACCGACCUACCAGACUCACCGUUUGUUUCUUUUUUUUUUUUUUUUUUUUUUGUGCAUGGGUUGCCGUUAGUUAUUUUUCAGGCAUAAAAAUUUCACAUACAAAUUUUAAUUAAUAAAAACAAAAUGCUGAAAGUUUCCCAAGGGGGUUAAAAGGGAAAAAAAAAACUGUAUGUAUGUUUCGGGGUGUAUGAAAGAAGAUUUGUGUUCUGUGCGAUAGGUGUGUUAUUUUUUUUGUGCUCAUGACAUGCUGAGACGAGAUGAAAUGUGGGGAUACACAAGGUAACGUAACAAUAGAUGUUCAGUAUUUCCAGCAGCAAAAAGUAACGCAGAGCGCUGGAGGAGGAAAAAGGUAUCGAAUCUUCGCUGACAAUAAUAACUUUAUUGUUCAUUCAAAGGGCAACGCUGUGACGGAGUUUCCUUGUGUAUCGCUGCUGUAAGUGUUAUGUUAAGCUGUCAGACACGGGCUGCAGCGUUUAUACUGUGUACCUAUUGGUGUGUGUGUGUGUGUGUGUGUGUGGCCUCCUGUCGCAGUACUGAACAUGCUCACUGCUGCAUUAUUGCUUUGGUUUUAAUUUAAAUAAAGUUUUUCCUCUCAACGUGUUAAAA